AUGGACGAACUUCUCAAUAUUCCAGCAGCAGUGAAUUUCGAUGAGUCAAUAGCUCAUUAUGAAAUUCAUGCUCAUCAACCAUACGCAUCUUCAUCUUUUAACAAUAGCGAUGAAAUUCGAAUCGCAGUACAACAUCAAGACUUGUGCAUUUUACCUAGUAAAAGUUCAUUACACAUUUUUGGUAGAUUAACUAAAAAUGAUGGAAUUACUCUUACACAAAACGUACAUUUAAGUAAUAAUGCUGUAUGUUUUUUGUUUGAUGAAAUUCGCUAUGAACUAAAUGGUAUUGAAAUUGAUCGCUGCAAAUACGUUGGACAUACUACAAUCAUGAAAAAUUACACCUCGCAAACAUCAAAUCAGCUAAAUUUUAUUGAAAAUGCUGGAUAUUCAAAAAUUGCAGCUGAUGCAAGACUUGUAUUGGAAAAUGGAUAUUUUGACGUCACAAUACCACUCAGCAUGAUUUUUGGUUUUGCUGAAGAUUAUAAAAAAAUCAUUAUGAACGCUAAACAUGAACUUAUUUUAACAAGAGCACGUUCUGACGUGAAUGCCGAUCCAUUAAUUUCAAUAAGUUUUAGGUCGUGGGAAAUGUAUGAGUAUCCUUUAAUUCCUACAAGUUCAAAAGUUUUGUGGCAAAUUAAAACAUCAACGCAAUUAGAGAAACCUCGUUAUGUUAUUGUUGGAUUUCAAACAGCGAGGAAAGAUAAACGAAAAAAAAUAUGCCUGUCAUUUUGA